AACGGUCAGAUACCACUCCAGCUCUGCCUUGAUUUCAUCAUUUUUCACUUAACUAUAAAUACCACACACAUUGCGUCCUACUCCUACCCGCGUUUGUUUUCUUGCCGUUGUGGACUACUUCCCCGUCACCGUCGGAACACCAAUUCCAAUUCUAUCAACCAUAAUAAUCACACACCCUCUUCUUCUACUUCUUGCUUCUCUUCCCCUCCUAAUUCCGCCUACCAUCGCGGAGCCCAUAACUGGAAAUUCGUCAAUUUCUCCAGCAUAAAGAGCAUCUGGAAGCGCAAAAGCCUAAAAGCUGAAGCCAUGAGUAAAACUCAGGGAAAUCUUUCAUCACCGAGGGCCAUCACUAAAGUGGAGGAUAAACCCGAACAUCUUCUUGUUCUUGUUCAUGGCAUCUUGGCAAGCCCAAGUGAUUGGACAUACUUUGAAGCAGAGCUGAAGAGGCGAUUAGGAAAGAAAUUCUUGAUACAUGCAAGUUCAUGUAAUACGUACACCAAGACUUUCACUGGCAUUGAUGGAGCUGGUAAACGAUUAGCGGAUGAAGUCAUGCACAUUGUGAAGAAGACAGAAAGCCUGACAAAGAUAUCCAUUUUGGCCCAUUCUCUUGGUGGAUUAAUUGCACGAUAUGCAAUUGCUGUUUUAUACACAUCUAAUGUUUCUUAUGAGCAAACUGAUGAUACAGCUGCCUCUCCUGCUACAAAUUUCAAACCUUUCUCUUCAAAUGAUGGUUUGAUUGCUGGUUUGGAAGCAAUUAACUUUAUUACCCUAGCAACACCUCAUCUUGGAGUAAGAGGAAAUAAGCAGCUUCCAUUCCUCUUGGGGUUGCCUUUCUUGGAAAAACUUGCUGCUCCAAUGGCUCCUAUUUUUACUGGUCAAACCGGCAGUCAGCUCUUCCUUGCAGAUGUCAACCCCGACAAACCCCCUCUGUUAUUGAGAAUGACUAUGGAUUUUGAUGAUGGAAAGUUUAUAUCUGCACUCGGCACUUUUCAGCGUCGGCUUCUUUAUGCCAAUGUCUCUUAUGACCAUAUGGUUGGUUGGCGCACAUCCUCCAUACGAAGGGAAACUGAACUUGUUGAGCCUCCUAGUCUGUCAUUGGAUGGAUAUAAACAUAUUGUUAAUGUGGAGUAUUGUCCACCACUUUCGUCUGAGAGUCCACAUUUCCUUCCAAAGGCAGCCAAAGCAAAGAUGUGUGCUCAGAAUGAACCCAACACUCAGAAUACCGUAGAAUAUCAUGAGAUUAUGGAAGAGGAAAUGAUACGUGGUUUACAACGAUUGGGAUGGAUCAAAGUCGAUGUCAGCUUUCGCUCGGCAUUUUGGCCCUUCUUUGCACAUAAUAGCAUUCAUGUGAAAAAUGAAUGGCUUCAUAAUGCGGGAGCAGGAGUGGUUGCCCAUGUUGCUGACACGAUAAAGCAACAAGACUCUGCACCACCCAUCGGUGCUAGCUUCUUUUGUGGUUCUGUAUUGACAGUAUAAUAGAAAAUUCUUGUCUCCAUGAGAUAUGAUAUUAUGCUUUAGUCUCAUCCACCCCAUCAACGAGGAGCAAGAAACAAGAUUUGUUGUAUAUUAUAUCAUAUCAUGGGGUAUUCAAGUUUUGCUUUUCCUUUGAUCA